GCGCAGGACGACAAAUGGAGUCGCUUCGGGCAGCGCGGGCUGCAACGGUCCAUUUUCAAAAGGAAGGCGGGCAUGUUUGUCGUCUUCUGUGCUGGUUGUCGGCAUAUGAAGGUCGAGCGCCCCUGUCCAAGGCAUAUUGGAACACACAUCUGCAAUGGUCACGUGCAAGGGUGGCUGCAGAGGUGAAUUUCAUGGCUGACAGGCAAGGGAGAUUGCCUCUGCUGGUACUCGUUGUCGUCGUCUUCCUGAUUGUCGUCUUCCUCCACGUGUGUUUGUCGUGACGGCCGUGGAAACAACAACACAAGAGGAGGGCUUGGACGAGACGGGGGGCAGGGGAACGUCUAAUGGCGGGCAUGCAGGCACGAGCGGCUACUGCUGCAGGUCAGGGAGGAGUUCGAACUUCGGCGGCGGAGCCUCGAAGGCGGUACGACCUGUCCAUGUACACCCAUUUGGAGUCGUGGGAGAUGCCAUUGCCCCCGUCGGACGAGGAGCCGGAGAAGGAAGAACUUUCAACGUUGCCUCUAGCCAGCGGCUCAACUCAGUUGUGGUCGCAGACGGUGCGAGCAGGCGGGUCCGCUCCAGACGAAGGGGGCGAGUUCACGUCAUUGCUGCAUGAAGGCUUGCGGGAUGACGACGGCGGAGGAGUUGAUCUGAGGUUCGGGUUAUGUUCUGGCGACGACAGGGAGGCGAGCCGUACGUUCAUCAUCGACGAAGAUCGUUCGACACAUGGCCUUGAACAUGGUGGAAGUCUGCAUACGGAGCAGUCCACACUUUGUCGCGCUGCACCUGUGACUGGCGCGGUCGGGCCAUCGCCAGCGGGACGGCAGCAUGGAUCGACUGCUCCGUCCGUCGAUCGAUUGACACCGACCUGGCCCGCACCUACUGGGGUCGCAGCAGGGCCCCUGCGCAUGGGCGGUGCACGUUCGUCGAUGCCUGCGUGCACAACACCGAUCGAAUCCAAAGUGAGGGAAGAGGGAACGUGCAGAGCGCCGGUACGUCCACGACCCGCUGUGGAGAACAUAACACGUGGAGUGUCCAACAUGCGAGCGCACAGCGAUGGCGGCGAAGACGACGGUGGAUUCGGUGACGAUGCAGACGAAGGGGUGAGGGAAGACGUGGAAGCGGGGGACGACGACGACGACGUUCCUAUUCGGCCUUUGGGGAAGACGGGUGGGAGGGGGAAAGGACGCGGCAGAGGUGGUGUCCGUGGUCGAUCCGUUGCCCGUGGAAGCAGAGGUGGCGUGAGCGACGACGCCGGGAAGUCUUCGACGUACUGGUCUGCAGAAGACCAAAUGCUCCUAGUGCGAUGCAAGCCGGAGCAAGAUAUGCACCUCGCCGGCUUGUCUCACAAUUACGGGCGGAUGAAGACGAAAGAGUGGAAGUGGGACAACAUGUCGAAGUGGAUGGCGAAUGCGGGGAGGCCGAAGGACGCUGACGACUGCAUGAAGAAAUGGGACAAUCUGUUCCAGAACUACAAGAAAAUUCAGAGGUUUCAGAAUGCCAGCGGCCGGGCAGAUUUUUUCAGGCUGACGAACGAAGAGAGGAAGGAGUACAACUUCAAGUUUCGGAUGGAUAGGGCGCUGUACAACGAGAUCCACGCAGGCAUGGUGGGGAACCACACGAUUUUCCCUCUCAACGUUGCCGACACCGGCAGUCCGGAGGGGGUGCAGCUGCCCAGGCGAGGAGCGGUGGCAGGGAGUCUGUUUGUAGUGAGGCGGCAGAUGAAGGUUGCCCUCAAGAGCAGGUCCCCAGCAAGCAUGUCUGCACGAUUGAACGCCCGUGGCAAGAAGUGCGACGUCGCGCUUGACGAAAGCCAAGCCCAGGGAAAAGGUCGGCGGCACGUCCCAAAGGCGAAGAGGCUUCGUUUGGAUGAUGCGUCAGCAAGCGUGCCGCGUCGUGGGGCGCAAGGUUGGGCGCAAGCCGCGGAAGAGGACAACGACGACGAUUUCACGACGGAGGACAAUCAAGGCGAGUCGACGGCGUCUCCGGUACGGGAGAGUGGUAGGCAGCGUUCUUCAGAUCAGAGCGCUUCGAAGAGGAUGUUUACCCCUCCGGCGCCUCCAUCAGAGGCGAAGCAGCUGCGUGUCCGCGAAACAUGGAAAGAGAAGGGUGUUGUGGUGGACCUUGGCAGCGAUGACGACGAGCCUUUGGACGUCACCUGCGCACUGCAACACAAGCGCACUGCCCAGCACGCCGUCUCAGCCACGUCGACGGCUCGCGCUGUGGCGGACGAAAGGCCGAUCACAGGUGCACUGCCCAGCACGCCGUCUCAGCCACGUCAGCGCAACGACGGUGCUGACGGUGCGUCUGUCCAACGCGGUGGGGGGGGGGGAGUCGUGGCAGACGCACGAGCAGCAGGGGGCGAGGCGGCAGGUGGCGCUAGUGUGGGUGUUGCAGGUGUUGUCCCUCCCGUUCCGGCGGCGAGAGAGGAGGCUGCAGUUCUGGCGAUGGUGAGAGAGGAGGGUCGUGGACAGAACACAAACCAAUGGGAUGGCGGCGAGGCCCCUUCAAGCCGGGCACGCAGGGGAGUCAUGACGAAAGACCUUAUCGACCGUGCCCUGCUUUGGGUGGAUGACAAAGCUUUCUGGUUGACGGGUGAAGGCCGCAGACUUUACAACAUCGUCCACGAAAUCAAAGAGUACUUCGUCGCCAUCGCCAACGGCCUUCCGCCACCUGACAUUCCACGGAGCAUUGUCCUCCCCAAAUCCAGCACGAGGGUGGCGACGAUCGCUAACAAAUCACAGCUCCAGCAAGCGAUCUCUCGUGCGGCGGCGGUGGAGAAUAUAGCUCUGUGCAUCUUGCACGGCUGGGUUUUCAAGUUUGGGAACCGCCCAAGGGGGUACCACCUUGCUUUCCAGUACUCGUUGGAGUCCAUAGCGACGGACAUUGCGUGUCCAAUGUGGUACGGCGAGGAGUGGUGCAACGUCGUCAGCGCGGCGAUCUGCGCCCACACGAUAGAUCUGAACAUGGACCUUCCACUGUGGUACGCUGGCGCGAAUAUCGAGGACAGACCUGAAGACAACGACAUGGCGGCGCACCAGGAGUCCACCGUCAUCAGCAUCGCGCAUUCAUUCCGCGCGGCGGUGCAAAUGGGCGCUCACAUCGAUGGCGAUUUCAUCUCCUACGACCGUCUAUGUCGGGUGGCUGACUGCUUCAGGCUGUUGCUGGCGGCAUCCAUGUGGAUAAUGCUCAUGGCGGGAGACGAUCCGCGCAAUCACUACGAAGCAUUUUACUUCGUGGAUCUCGUCGCCAGGUCGACACUAGUCGCCUCCAUGCAUCGCUCCUUCGAUCAUCGACGAUCCGUUGUCCGCGCCACGAACGUCGCGACGAAGAGGCUUGGGAAGGCGAAAGCCACGCUCGGAGUGUACCCCGACUACAUCCCUGAUUGGGCACCAUGCGGCAUCGGAUUUGCGCACGAUGCGAGCAUCAAGGGGCCGGAGGAUGAGAAGAGGCUGGAUUGGUUGGGUUCGGGUUCCCCCGAUGAUGACAACAAAGGCGAAGGAAAAGACGACGCAUAAGGCGGGUGGGUUUGCGGGGGUAGAGUGGGGAGACUGCGCUUCUAAGAAC